AGUCUAUGAGUUGGUUCUAGCGUUGGAUACUUCCACUCUCCCUAUUUUUACAGGUAGGGGCCAAGGAUUAGAUGAGGAGCAGCCCGGAGGACAGUGAAGCCUGACACUGAUGGAUGGGCCGAAGCUGCCUGAAAUUGAAUUGAAUACUUGUUGACUUUUAUUUUGUUAAACUACAAGAAUGUUGACGACAUUAUUUUAAAGGCUUCCGCAAUGUUUGAAUUAUUUACUCUGAUUAUUUAUGAAUUGUUUUUAAAUAAAUGUGAAUUGAUAUUUUAUUAUUAAAUGUUUUAAAAUAUUAUGCAUGUCCAUGAUAUGCAAUGUCUCAUCAAGUAGGGAAUGGAUUCCAGGAAGAAUUUGGAUGUGAGCUAAACACACUUUUUUUCAGUAGGUUUUAGUGUUGCCUUUGCCAAUUUUAUUGGUUAUCAUAGUUGCACUUUAAUGACUUCUUGUCUAUUAAUUUUUUAAAAAUAUAAGUUACUGUUUGUGCUUUUUAUCCAUCUUACUAUGAUCCAAUGUUGGAUGCAUGAUGCAUUCGUGUUGUGGGACACAUUUGGCUUCCCCUUCGAUCUAACUCAAUUGAUGGCAGAAGAAAAAGGCUUGGUGGUUGACAUUGAAGGCUUCAAUGUUGCAAUGAAUGCGGCCCGAGAGCAAUCUAGAAAUGCACAAAAUAAGCAGAUGAAAAAGAAUCAAUUUGCUACAGACUGUUUGCGGCUUGAAUUGAUCUUAGGGCUGAGAGAGCUUCCACAAAUAUCAGCAAAACCCCUGCCAAACCCAACUCAAAACCCCACCGAAAAUCCCAUGCAGAACUCUCCCAUGCAACAGGCUCCAAGACCAAACCCCCCCUCCCUUCCUUUAUUUCAAUGCUCUCUCAAAUCCCCUAGUCCUGCAAGAAACUUCAUCUCCGAGGCUGUAGCUUCUUAUAAGUCGGGGGCGCUAUCCCAAGCUGCCCUCCUAAAAAUCUUGCAUGACGGCUCGACUUCUAAAGUGGUAUCACCUGCACUUCCGCCGGAGGACCCCACGGGAUAUUCCUCAGAGCUGGAAGGAAAGGUUGGUUUCAAGGAUUUAGAGGACGUGGAGAAUGAAGGAAAAGCCAAUGAUGAUAAGGUGCCUGACUCGGCCCCUCCUAUUCCUCGUGCUAUUGACCGUUACGGGGAGAUUCAUUUCUACCCGGUUGAUGAGCAAGAGGCUGCCCCCGAGCACGUUUCUAUGUUGGUCAUGGAAAUCAACAAGCCCAAUUCUGGCCUUAUCAAGGCUGAUGACAUAUGGAUGGAUGAUCAGAUGACCUACUAUAUGAUCGAGAAGAUGAGGACUGGUCACGAAAGGAGAUUACGGGCAUCGAGAUUUCAGGUUCUGGAUGGAAAGCUUUACAAGAGGGCACUUGGAGGCCCGUUACUAAGGUGUUUGACUAGAUCAGAACCAAAGAGAGUAAUUGCGGAGGUGCAUGAGGGUGUAUGUGUAGCCCACCAAAUGUUCAGGACCUUAGAAUAAAAGAUAAUCUUGAUGGUUACUCUUAGACCACAAUGAACCAAGACUACGAGAGAUACGUUAUGAAGUGCAAUGAUAUACAUUGGAGCUUUCCCCAAGGCCUAGGCUGGGAAGAAGUACGUCAUGGUGACAAUUGAUUACUUCAUGAAGUGGGUGGAAGCAGAGGCGUAUGCCACCAUCACGACUAAGAAAUGCCAAAGGUUUGU